AUUCGUUGGUAUGACAACUGCAAACUGUAAUUUUAUGGAACCAUCAAGUCAUGCUAUAAUUUCAGAAGAAAACCCUAAUUCUUAUGUCAUAAGACCUCAGUUUGAACAAAAAUUCCGACCAUGGACGGUGAAAAGUAUCCUCUCUAAAAUAUUAAGAGAACGACUGGAAAAUGAAGUUUAUUCUCCAGAGAACAUUCAUGAGAAGUGUGUUGCCCUAUCAGAUGAAAUCAAGCAAACGCUAAAAAAGACAUUAUCUUUACAGCGCUACAGAUAUUUGGUACAAGUCAUCAUUGGAGAGCAAAAGGGCCAAGGUGUGAAGGUAGCUUAUCGAUGUUACUGGGAUUCUGACACAGACAAUUAUGCUGAAGCAUUAUUUAUGAACGACUCAUUGUUCUGUGUAGCUUCUGCAUUUGCUGUGUUCAGCUACUAAAUCACUAUCGGAUGUUUCAUUUCCAGUUUCUGUAAACAAAUUUGCAUAUUGUUAUAUAAGUGUGAAUCUUUUUAAUCAUCAAGGCUAGGAGCGUAUAUUAUUCCUCUCCCAAUAAAUUUUUGUGCUUUUCA